UGGCAUUAACAAAAAUGAAGACAACAACAAGUACAUGGACGAUGAUGACAACACCAAAAUUUACUGCAUUUACUAAUGAGACAAAACUGAAGCUGUCGACUACAACAUCUACGUCUCCGUCAACGACCAUGACGGCGUCAAGGAAAAAGACGGUAUCUGAGACAAUUAUGUCAAGGAAUACUAAAUCAACAACGACAACAGUUAGAGUAACACCUACAACAGCAACAAUGACAUGGACGUACACCAUACCAAAGAAAAUAAUGUCAACGAUACCGACAACAUUGACAGCAACAGUGCCAGAGAUAAUGAAACUAUCAACAACAACUACAAUAACAACGACGGUGCGGACGACAAUGCCUGAGUCAACAUCGACAACAUGGACUAAAAUGCCUACAUCAACGACAAUGAUAGCAUGGACUACAACGUCCACCUCAACAAUGACAGCUCCAACGGCAACAGUAUCAGAGGAAGCAGAGUCAAAGACAAUGCCAACAGUAUCAGAAGGGAUGGCGUCAAAGACAUCAUCGACAAUAACGAUUGCAUCGACAUCGAUAAUGCCGACGACAAUAUCUGAAUCAGUAAUGACAACAUCGAUCAUGUCGUCUGUGCCAACGAUGGCAUUGGCCACCACAUCUUCAACAUCGAUAAGGGACACUGAGACGUUAAUUACAUUAGAAAAAGAAGAGUUAAAUAAUCUCAUAAAAACAGCUGUGGAAUCCGCUCUAAAAGAACGAGAUGAAAGACGUUUAAUAGCGAGAGAAAGGGGAAGAGGAAUGGGGAGAUGGAGAGGAAGAGGAAGAGGAAGAGGAAGAUAUAGGAACUGGUAUAUAUCACAUAAGAAUAUCGUUUUUAAUUUCCGUUAA